AUGAAUAGAAGACAAGCUAGAUAUAAUGCUAAGAAGCAGAAUAGUCCUUUGCAGCCUAAAGAGCAGAGUCCAGUAUCACAUGACAGUGUGAGUUCGGAUGCUGCUGCUCCUUCCAGUACUCAGCUACCGUUCAGUUCAGAGUAUGCAUUAGAGUCUAGGAAAGUGGUUGAUCUCUUUCUUGAAAACUUCAAAUACAUUCUUGCUGCCGAUGACCUUCAAGAAAUGAUCCAAAAGGUGAAGGGCGACCUCUACAAUCGUGAUUACCUCUCGGCGUUUGACAGUGAUGAUAAGAGAUUUGCGUAUGUAGCGAGAUGGUCUCCUGCAAGGGCAUUGGCUUACGCUUCCCUUUUCUCGUCUCUAGAGCCUCUCAGACAGCUCCUUGCUGACCCAAACAAGGAGACUUCUGCUUUGUGUAUUGGAGGAGGCGCUGCAUCUGAAUUGGUCGCUUUGGGGUCUAUGUUUGCAUGUCUAAAGCAGCCCAAUGGAGAUACUCCUUCCAAAUUGCAUCUCAACGUCAUUGACAUUGCCGAUUGGUCAACCAUUGUCGGCAGCUUGUCAAGCUAUAUCAGUCAGAAGUGGUUCUAUAACCCUGCAAAGUUCACCAGUGAGUUUGUCCUUGGAGAUGUUCUCUCACAGAAUGCUGAAUCUCUUCGACUUGCACUGUUGGACUUCAUCACGCUUCUAUUCACCACAAACGAACUCUUCUGUGAAAAGAAAACCGAGACGAUAAAGCUUUUGCAAAUGUUGAGCUCGCAUUGCCGUAAAGGAGCCUUGCUUCUCAUCGCUGAAAGCGCUGGUUCAUAUUCUCAUAUUACGGUCGGAUCGAAAAGAUUCCCGCUGGCAAGCCAGGAGCCAGUGAUGGUGCAUGGGAAAUCGUCGAUCAAAAUGAAAGCUGCUGGUACAGAAUCAACACAAAGGAGGUAG